UUCCUGCUUUCCUCCAGGAGAACCAUGGCUGGGAAGAGAGAGGAGGCGCGAGACUGCGGGCGAGGGGUCGUGGUAAAUGGAAGCUCCUGAUUUCCGGGCAGUAGUGAGCGCCCACACCCUCUGUCUCUCCUUCAUCCCUCCCUCCAGGCCCCUCUCCUGGGCCGCCUCUUUCCAGGCAGAACCGAGUACUUUAACGGAGCGGCCCGGGCCGGCUCCUCCAUCCUCGCGAUGGAGCCAGAAGCGCCGGCUCUGCCCGAGACCACUGUUCCCACCUUCCCGCAGAGCCCCUCCAUCCGCACCCCACCCUUGCACACAUCGCCAGCCCAGCCUCUGCCCCUGCCUUUCUCCGUCCCCGCGCCCGGCCUGUUCUCUUUCUCAUCAUCCACCCCCAGAGAUUUCUGAUGACUGGCCAGGCUAUCACUUGGAUUUAUUCACUUACCCACAGCACUAUUGUGGAGAUUUGAAUCGCGUGCUUAUACCCCAUGGUGUCAUUGUGGACAGAACUGAGAAGUUGGCAAAGGAUAUCAUGAAUGAUAUUGGAUUCUGUGACAUGGUGGUUCUGUGUGUGCUUAAAGGAAGCUACAAAUUCUGUGCUGACCUUGUGGAGAAUCUAAAAAAUAUCAGUCGAAAUUCAGAUACAUUUGUCUCAAUGAAGGUUGACUUCAUCAGACUAAAGAGUUACCAGAAUGACCAAUCCAUGGGUGAUAUGCAGAUAAGCGGAGGCGAUGAUCUUUCUAAACUAGCUGGCAAGAAUGUGCUCAUUGUGGAGGAUAUUGUUGGAACUGGGAGGACCAUGAAAUCUCUGCUUGGCAAAAUAGAAAAAUACAAGCCCAACAUGAUUAAGGUAGUGAGUUUGUUGGUGAAAAGAACCCCGAGAAGUGACGGCUUUCGACCUGACUAUACUGGAUUUGAGAUUCCAGAUUUAUUUGUGGUGGGCUAUGCCUUAGACUACAAUGAAUACUUCAGAGAUCUCAAUCAUAUAUGCGUGAUCAGUGAACAAGGCAAAGGAAAAUAUCGCGUCUAAAGAAGUCCGUUCUCACUACCUGAAAAUUUGUGAAUUUCUUCAAUUCCCUAAUUCUCUUUGCCUUUGACUACAAUCAAGAAGCUAGUUUGUCUGUUUGUGAAAGUCGGCUCUGCAGGCAUCUUCAUGGAU